GUGGUGUUUUAGCAGCGAGGCUUCCGUCCUCAUUCUCCGGCUGGGGAUCGCACUUUGGCUCCCCGGCGUUGACACAGCGCCACUAGUGAAACAACAGAGGGGGAAAGACGCACUCGGGCCAAACCGCAUCCGCAACAACCCGGGGGAAAGAUGUCCGAGCCCAAUAAGUACCGGGAGUGGAUCCUGGAAACAAUCGACUCUCUCCGCUCGAGGAAAGCCCGUCCGGACCUGGAGAGGAUCUGCCGAAUGGUCCGGAGGAGGCACGGGUCAGACCCGGACCGAACCAGGACGGAACUGGAAAAACUGAUCCAAGAGCAGACGGUGCUCAAAGUUAGCUACAAGGGCUCCAUCUCGUACCGGAACGCGGCGAAGGUGCAGAGGAAAAGCCGAAAGAAGAGUGAGUUUACGGCCGCUGGCGGCGGCGGCGGCGGCGGCGGCGGCGCGGAGGCAGCGAGGGAGCGGACCAAACACGACCACCUCAACAACAACAACAACGGCGACAGUGCGCACAGCUUCACCGACCAGGAGGAGGGAGAGGAGGACUCGGAGCCCAGCCCAGACGCGCACGCACAAACAUCAGCCAGCGCCUCCGGCAGGAGGCUGCAGCCUGCCUCCAGCCCGAGUAGCGGAAACGGGCGCCUCGGCUGUGGCGCAACACCGGGCUGCGCUGCCGGGAGCGGCUGCAACGAGGAGAAAGCAAGUGCACCGGGGGACGGGGGAUUAGGACCGGAGGGAGCGGAGGAACGCCCGGCGCCCGCUCUGAGCGCGCGCGACGGGGCUGAUGCCAGCGGGACAGCGGGGAGCGGCGCGGCGGAGCCCGGCGGGUCCGGAGCUGACAGCCCCAACAAAACUUGUUCUGGGAGCGCCGGCAGCCCCGCGCCGCCUCACAGGCUCAAGCCCAAACUUCGAGUCUGUGCAGGAGGCGGAACCAGAGCCGCGGGGAGCCACGCCAACUCCGACCUGGGCGACAGGCUGGUGGCUUCAGUCCGCAGCCUGUCCGAGAGGAGCCUGCGGGGGGGCUCCGCCGCCAGAGGCCACAUGAAGCCGCUCGGCUUGAAGGAGAUCCUGGGCUACCUGAGCAGCCAGGAGCGCCUGUCGGAGGAGAAACUGACCCGAGGCAAAGUCAAAGUGGUCAUGGAGCGAGAAGUGGCGAGGGGCAGGCUGCGCAGGACGCGCUGCGGGAACAUUACUCUUCCUCUGAGGGGGAUGGUGCUGGAGGAGCCGCUGCCCAAGAAUGCGACCGCUGACAGACUUGCGAAGAGCGCACUGCAGGACAGACACACGGCCAAAAAGCCGCCGUCGCCCUCUCGCAGAGAGAAUGAGCCAAUGGAAACAGAGGAGCGGGGAGAGAAUGAAGAAGAAGAAGAGGAGGAGGAGGAGGAGGAGGAGGAGGAUGAUCCCCGGAGUUCUGAUGAGGAGGGAGGACUAUCCCUGGUAGCCAUGACAACCGAACCAGGGCUCAUUGAGAAAUCCAGAGAAGAUGCUGAGAUCCAGACAGCAUCAAAGCAGGAGAGUCCCCAGCAGCAGCAGCAGCAGGGUGGCAAAGAGACUUCCACGCCCAAUUUCCACCCUAAGACCGAGCCUCCACCUGCUCCGGGAGCGUCGCUCUCACAGUGUAAUGGCACACUGGAGGACAGAGCUUUUUCCCCUGAGCAGCUACAUAUGGAGACGCAAAAUGGGACCCAGCCAGAUGGCAUAAAUCACUCAUCGUCGGGCUUUAACAGCUUGGAGUGUAAGACGGAGGUUGGAGUGUCGUCGUGUCUGCUCACUCCCACUGCCUCCCCGAGAGACUCGGGCCCGCCUGAAGAGCGAGGCUUCGGCGGAGGGCUGAUGAAGAGUGAGGGGGCCAGCGGCAGCCCGGCGGACUGGACGGUGUCUGACGUGGUCAGUUACUUCACCGCAGCAGGCUUCCCCGAGCAGGCCGCCGCCUUCAGGACCCAGGAAAUCGAUGGGAAGUCUCUCCUCCUCAUGCAGCGGAACGACGUCCUGACAGGCCUGUCCAUCAGGCUCGGCCCCGCACUCAAGAUCUAUGAGCGACAUGUCAAGGUGCUGCAGAAAACACACUUUGAGGACGAAGACUGCUAACAACACACACACACACACACACACACACACACACAAUAACACAGGACUCGUGUGUGUGUGUGUCUAUAUAUAACUCAGCUAGUGUAAAAAUGCAUGCCUGAUAUAGAAAACAAUACACUUCACUCUCAUGUC